CCACCUUCUCUACGAGUAUCCUGCCAGUUGAAUACAUCUACCAGCUCUAUCCAACCAUGUUGAUGCGAGACUAGCUUAGAGAUGAUUCCAAAAAUGAGCAGUAAUAGGUCUUAGAUGUAUGAAAGGCUCAGAAAUCGAGGGUUUCUAAAUGAAGACUUCAAAAAAGGAGUUAAUGAGUUUAUUCAGAAGGCGGUAAACUUAUAUCCAAGUGGAGUGAUUGCAUGUCCGUGUAGAAAGUGCAAGAACAGAAAAUUGUUGACUUGGGAUAUUGUUAAACAACAUCUAUUUGAAAAAGGGUUUGUUGAAGACUACUAUGUAUGGGGAGCGCACGGAGAGACAUAUAAUUCAAAUGGGCUGGUUUAUUUGGAUGAAGGUAGCUCUUCCCGUCAUAAUACAUCUGAAGUUCCAUAUGACCCAUAUAAAUCAAUGUUUGAAGAUGCUGUUAGGAAUGAAUUUCCUAUCGGUACACCUGAUGAUAUGCAUGUGGACAAUGAGGAGCCUAAUCCAAUGACGAAGAGCAUGUAUGAAAUGCUUGCUGCGACAAGUCAACCAUGUUUUGAUGGUUGUCCAAUGCCGGAGUUGAGUGCCAUGACUGAAUUGUUGAACUUAAAGACUGAGAUGAACUUAUCAGAGGCUGCCACUGACAGAAUUGCUCAACUUGUGAACAGGUUUUUCCCAACACAUAUCUCCAAUCAGCCCAUCCAGAAUUUCAAGAAAAUAAAAAGGAAACUCAAACUAUUAGGAAUGACCCAUCAAUCUAUUGAUUGUUGUCCAAAAGGGUGCAUGAUCUAUUGGAAAAGCAGACAGUGAACUAAUCAAGUGCAAAUUUUGCUCUGGUGCAAGGUAUGAGGUCAAUAAUCAGUCAAGUAAACCAAUCCCGCUUUCCAGGAUGGAGUAUUUUCCGAUUACUCCAAGACUACAGAGGCUUUAUGCCUCAAAUACAACUGCUGGGGAUAUGAGAUGGCAUAAAAGUCACCAUAGAGAAGAAGGAGUGAUGCGACAUCCAUCAGAUGGGAAGGCAUGGAUUCAUUUUGACAAUCUUUACCCAUCUUUUGCCGAGGACCCUAGAAAUGUUAGACUCGGUCUAUGCUCAGAUGGGUUUCAACCAUUCGGACAAUUUGGACAGAAGUAUUCAUGUUGGCCUAUUAUCGUGACACCAUACAACCUGCCUCCAGGUAUAUGUAUGAAAAAAGAAUUCCUGUUCUUAUCCAUAUUGAUUCCAGGACCAAAGAAUCCUACAAAUAGGAUAGAUGUUUAUUUACAACCUUUGAUAGAAGAGUUAAAGCAAUUAUGGGAGGUUGGGACUGUAACGUAUGAUGCACUUUCAAAGGAGCACUUUAAUAUGCGAGCUUCUUUGCUUUGGACAAUUAGUGAUUUUCCAGCAUAUGCCAUGCUCUCUGGAUGGAGUAUGAAGGGGAAAUUUGCAUGUCCGUGUUGUACUGAAUUUACAGAAGCAUUCUGGUUACCCCGCAGCAAGAAACAUAGUUGGUUUGAUAACCACCGAAAGUUCCUAGCAGAAGAUCAUCCAUUUCGAUGGGACACCGAGAACUUCACUAAGGGUAAAAUAGUCAUGUAUGGCCCUCCAUUAUAUAGAGAUGGUUUAUAUUGUUAUGGUGAGAUGGAUGCCCUAAUGUCUGUGACCGAAUUAGGCAGUUUGGAACACAACAAAGUGGUUGGAAAGGAUAUUGGGUGGAAGAAACGUAGUAUCUUUUGAGAUCUCCCAUAUUGGAAGGAUUUGCUUCUAUGCCACAAUCUUGAUGUAAUGCACAUAGAGAAGAAUUUCUUUGAGAACAUAUUUUACACAAUUCUGGGUGUGCCAGGGAAGUCAAAGGACCAUACACGAGGGAGAAUGGAUAUGGAACAGAUUUGUCAUAGACCAACUAUGGAGAUGGACCGUGAUGGAAAAUAUCCCAAGGCUCCUUUCACGCUUUCAAACAAGCAAAGAGAAGUUUUGUGCAGUUGGGUUGAUUCACUUAAGUUCCCCGAUGGAUUUGCAUCUCGAUUAGGGCGUUGUGUAGAAAUGGAGAACCUUAAGGUAUUCGGUAUGAAAAGUCACGAUUGUCACGUUUUUAUGCAACGUCUACUUCCAAUUGCAUUGAGAGAAAUGCUACCUGCUUGUAUUUGGGAGGCAAUUACUGAGAUUAGUUUAUUCUUUCGUGAGUUAACAAGAAAGACUGCACGAGUUUCUGUCAUUGAAAAGCUAAAGGAUGAUAUUCCUAUCAUUUUAUGUAAAUUGGAGAAGAUUUUUCCACCCUCUUUUUUUGACCCCACGGAGCAUCUUCCCAUACAUUUGCCGGACGAAGUUUUGCUAGGAGGACCACCGCAAUAUCGAUGGAUGUAUUGCUUCGAAAAUUUUUUAGGGUCAGUGUUAAAGAAAAAGAUCGGCAACAAGGCUAGAGUUGAAGCCUCAAUUAGAGAGGGUUAUUUGCUAAGUGAAAUGGGUACAUUUGCGAGCUACUACUUCCCGGAGGAAGUCACCACAAAAGCACGUGGUGUCCCGAGAUUUGAUGACGGUUUUAUGAUUAAUGAUGAUGUCGCUGCUUCCAUUUUUGCACAAAAGGCAAAAGCAAUUGGUGCAAGCAAACGUCGAUACAUGGACCAAAACGAAUCCAAUGCAGUGCAUUCCUAUGUACUACAAAAUUUCCUAGAGAUCGACUCAUUCCGAGAAUUGUUCACGAAUGCAACCGGAUUAACAACCUCCGAUGAACUUCAAUUUCAAGCACAAUUUCCGCUCUGGUUUUAUCACUAUGUGCGUAAUGACACUAUAGAUCACCCACGAUGGAUUCGAGCUUUAGCUGGAUUUCCUGCUCCAUAUGUGACGACAUACCAAACACUUCAUAUAAAUGGUUACAAGUUCAACACUAUUGCACGAUUUGAAGGGAGGGUGACAUGUAAUUGUGGGGUUAUGGUCAAGUGCACAAGUUAUGAUGGUUCAGGGCUUGACUACUAUGGUUUAAUACAUGAAAUAAUUCAGCUAGAAUAUCAAGAUUAUAAGAUACUCGUCUUCAGGUGUGAAUGGUUUGAACCUUCAAGUAGAGGCACACGAUGCCAUCCAUUAUACAACAUAGUGGAUGUGAACACACAACAUCAACUUCGUACUUCAGACUGCUAUAUUUUAGCAUCACAGGCGGAUCAAGUUGUGUAUGUGCCAUAUCCUAGUACAAAGAAACGAGUCAAUAGAUGGGUUUCUGUUAUUCAGUGCAUGCCCCGGGCUUUUGUGGAGAGAGAUUUGGAAGAAGAUUCGACACAUGAAGAUGAAGACUUUCAAGCGUUUCAAGAAGACGAGUCCAGGGAUUCAUUCCAAAUAGAGGUGGAUGAACAACCAUUUCCAAUUUCAGGUCAACAACACAUCGAUGACCGUGAUGAUCAUUCAGUUGCAUUCAAUGCUCCGGAGAAUAUGGAUGUUACAUUAGAUGGAGCAUAUGACAUCAAGCAAGCUGAUAGUGAAAAUGACAGUGAUCACGAAGAAAAUAUUAAUUGCAAUAAUUGAGGUCUGGAUACUGAUAAAAAGAGGUUUGGAUACUUUUGAAAAGGGGCGGCUGUUUAUAAAUUUUGGCAGAUAAAGGCAUCCCUCCAAUUUUUAGCCAAAUUAAUUUGACAUUUCAAUUCCCCCCAAAAAUUUGACGGAAAACUCCCCCACUUCUAAAAAGCCACCAAAUACGAACACUACUCUCAAAACCCUUAUCACCUCACCUCAUUACACAUACUCCGUAUAUAAGUCAACUCUGUCUUCCGGCCUUCAGCCUCAUCAUCUCACAGAUUCACGGUUCAUAGCAGCAGCCUCAUCUCAUCCCAACAGCAUCAUAUCUCAAUCGAACCAGCAGUCCUUCACUUCCUCCUAGAGAAUAUGAUUCCUAUUAGAGGUCAAGGUGUCACCGGGAUGAACAAGAAAGCAGACCGCUUUUCGCAAGAGACAUCAUCAGGUAGUUCGGGUCGCUCAACAUCCUCUGCACCCUCCACUUUACCUAGGAACAAUACUACUCUCCACUCAACACUAUCCCCUACCCUUUAAAGACCAUCUCUACCCUUCACUAUUCCAGGCAGAAACUCUACUCCCUACUCAACACCGAAGAUUAGCCACUCAAAAAAGCAUCAACCCUUGUCUAGUAAGGGCGGAAAUAUUACCCCCCAAGCAGGGCAGACACGACAACCUUCCCAACCACCCCCGUCCCAAUAUCAUAUACCUCGGGUUCCUAGCCCAAAUAUCACACCAGUUACUAAGCGGCAACCCACCAUUUCAUCAACUCAAGGCCCUAAUAAAGACCAUACUUUGCUCUUCAAUCAAGAGAGCCCGUCAACAACAACGAGCAGCAAUGAACUAGAAGAUAGUGACCCAACAACUCACUCCAAUGGAGAAGAUGAGCUAGCUGAAUGGAAUCCUGAUGCGUACAAAGACCUCGAGUGGGGUGAAGAACCUUUGGACCACUUCAGAUCUUUAGCUAUAGCAAAAUUUGAAAGACCCAAUGUUGGGUUAAAUGCUUCUAAAGUACUUGUUAAUAUUGUUUCAAACAAAACAAGUUUGCGAUUUCAAACAAUUGCCUCAAGACAGAUAAGAUACAAUCUGCAUCCGGCUGGGCAACAAUGGAAGUGGGUACCCCAGAAGACAAAGGAUUUAUAUUGGGAUCAAUUCCAGGAUUUAGUAAACUGGGAUAUAUCCAAGUUUAAUGGUGAAGACAUCAGAAAGGGUUACGAAAAUUAUCUUAAGCAACGUGCUUAUUCGAAUAUAAUGUCUAAAAUCAGGGAGCGUCGGCCUUUAACUGUGAAUGACUUCACUUGGGGAGUUGUGGAAGAGUUUCGUGGGUCUGCGACAUUUCAAAGAUUGUCCGAGUCUGGGAAAAAGAAUCGGAUUGCCGGUGGAGAUAGAUGCAAACAGUACGGAGGGUCUCGUUCUGUGGCGGAUUUGGCUGAACAAGAGUCAAGUGUUUCAGGAGAGGAAGUUAACCCUCUCAAAAUCUGUGUAACUUAUCAUCCAAGAAAGAGAAAGAAUGGAGAAGUAAUUGACUACGGCUCACAAUCAGAAGUUAUGGAGGCUAUUUUUGAGUUGUCUGAUGAAUUUAAUGAGAACAUUCAACAAGCCAAACAAUCUGAAACUGAAAAUGGGGGCUCCAAGAAUGCAUCUAAAGCUGCAGUUGCUGAAUUGAAUUCCAAGUAUUUGGAAAUUGCUGGGGGUAAAAACAAAAAAGUAUUUGGAUUAGGAAAGUAUGCAAAAGCUUUCCUUCAAAAAAUGGAAUCAAAAUACCGAAAAGUUUCAGCAUCUUCACAGCGUGCACGUGAAUUUUGUGUCUAUUGGGAUGAACACAUGCGGAAGUGGUUAUCUUCACAAGGCGAGGAAUGCCCACCGGUAAUGCCACUCGUGGAUGAAAGCUUGCUAGAUGAAGAUCCUUGUUCACAGCCAAAAACUUUUGAGCAAACAUGGCUUCCAUUUCUGAAAACACUUGGAAUGGAUGCACCAAGUUUUUUCCAGUUUACUCCAUCAUCCUCUCCACAUUCUCAAAGCACUUAGUAUUUGUUAUUUCCAAUUAGUAUUUCUGGAUUGUAUAUCCAAGUAGUAUCCAUAUUAAGAAUUUGCUUGUAUUUCUGGAUUGUAGUAUGGCUUUACUUAUGGUACUCACAAUGACUAUGAAUGUUGGUUGUUAAAGUAUGUUUACUAUAAAAGUUAAGUUUUUUGGCUACA